UUUCUCUGGGACUCGACACAGGCCACAAGACAAUUGCAGCUCCUAUGAGCGCCAUCACCUAUUGAGCAGCAUUUCCACGACGACCACAAGACAAGGAUGCAUUGGCUAGCACAUUUUCAGAUCAUUUUGCUAUGCAUAUGGUUAAUGUGCUGCAGCUCAAAUGCCAUGCCAUGCGACUCCUGUGGCAAAGAGUGUGCCAACGCCUGCGGCACUAAGCAUUUUCGAACCUGCUGCUUUAACUAUCUACGCAAACGCAAUGAUCCGGAUGAGCUGCGUCGCAGCUCCGAUCGGAGACUGAUUGACUUCAUAUUGCUGCAGGGCAGGGCCCUGUACACCCAGGAGCUGCGCGAGAGACACCACAAUGGCACCCUGAUAGACGGCACCCUCGGCCUACAGACCUACUAUAACUGAAGACCCCCCACACACUGACAAUGAUACGGAUAUCCCCCUGAUACGGACUCCUCCACGAUUCACAUGACGAUCCACGGCUGAAUGCUUGAAAUGUUUGAGAUGUUAUUUUUUCCAAUAAAGGCGCAAACUUCUUUGGGGCAAUAUGCUUUAUAAAGCAUUCUACUAACUCUA